UCACUUGUCAUCGUAGUCAAAUGUGAUUAAUAAAGUAAUGAAUAAACGUCGCGUAUUGUGUAUGUCUAUUUUCUCGUACGGUACCGUAACUGCGCGCUGACUUUUAAAUUAACUCAACAACGAAUAGUUAUAAUUUUGUUUUCACUAAGUGUUUAGUACGAUACUAGAAGUGAAAAAAUAACUUAGCGAGGAUGCUGAAAGACGACUGCAAGAUUCAUAUACAGGAAUCAGAAAAAUUCCUAGGACCUGUGAAAUCACGGAACUCACAAAUGUACAUUGAAUUCAAUGAUCUUUGUUACUCGGUUUGCAACAGCAAAGGAACUGAGAAAAUGAUUCUGCAUAAUGCAAGGGGAUACUUCGAACCGGGAAAAAUCACGGUGGUAGUCGGUCCUUCCGGUGCGGGGAAGACUACCCUGCUAAAAAUCAUAUCGGGCAAACAACAACACAAUAUCAAAGGCACCAUCACCGUCAAUGGUGCUGUACAAAACAGAAAAAUGUUCCAUAAACAAGCGUGUUACGUACCGCAACAAUUCGAGCUAUUGCCAUAUCUCACAAUCAGAGAAACUUUAUACAUUGCAGCUCGACUAAAGCUCGACGUUAAUCAGAACAAGCAAACAAUUUGUUCAACGGUGAACGAUAUCGCGAAAAGUCUCAACUUGUCAAAGUGUUUAGAUACAUUAGCGAAUAAGUUAAGCGGUGGAGAACGAAAAAGAGUCUGUAUUGGUGUGGAAAUGAUUGUUCAGCCAUCCGUUUUUUUAUUAGACGAGCCAACAAGCGGUCUCGACAGUAUGGCCUCUAAUCAGCUCAUUAAUAUACUACAUGAUAUGGCAAAAGCGAAUUGCACUGUGAUUUGUUCAAUACAUCAACCCAGCAGUCAGAUGAUUUCGCUUUUCGAUAACAUUAUCGUACUUAAUCAAGGCAGAUGUAUGUAUUGCGGUCCAAAGAAUGAGAUCUUAAACACGUACAGCAUUGCCGGGUUUACGUGUCCCAACUUCUAUAACAUAAUUGAAUUUGUGCUUGAGGUAGUAACAGAAGAAAGGAGUGGAAAUAUAGAGAAUCUGUACAAGAUCUGUUGUGAUAAAUACGAACAGUUUAGGUUACGCAAAAAAGAGGAAAUGGAUUUAUCGAUUGAUUUCAAGCAAAAAUGUGGAACAAAAAAUACAGAUGUAUCUAUAAAUAGCAUAACGCAAAAGAAGUCAACAUGGCAACAGCAAAAAAUUUUAUUUUCACGAGCUUUAACUUACAUCAAACGAGAUACAACCUUAACAAAACUUAGAUUCGUGGCGCACGUGCAAGUCGCGAUAUUAUUAGGAAUAGUUUUCUAUAAUUUCGGUGAUGACGCAGAAAAAGUUAACAGCAACAUCGCUUAUUUAUUUUUCUGUAUAUUAUUUUUAUUCUAUGCAAAUUCCAUACUGUCAGUGCAAAUGUUUCCCACAGAAGCAGCAGUAUUUUUACAAGAACAUUUAAACAAUUGGUACUCUUUAAGAUCCUAUUACAGUGUGAAAAUAAUAACGGAUCUCUUGGUGCAAAUAAUUUGCUGUUCAUCUUUCGUGUUAAUAUCAUACUAUAUGACAGGACAGCCAAUGGAAUAUAAUAGAAUUCUAUCGAUGUGGGGAAUCUGCUUCUUAAUUACGAUGCUUGCACAAACGGUCGGGGUACUUGCAGGCACGAUGUUAGGCACAGAGUUAGGUAUAUUUGUAAUACCGUCAGUUACUGUACCAUUAUUGUUGUUUGCUGGAUUCUUCUCAAAAUUAGGAGAAAUGCCGAUGAUCGUGCAGCCUUUAAGUUAUUUGAGCUUUUUCAGAUACGCAUUGGAAGGAUUAAUGCAAGCGAUCUAUCUUGACCGACCGAAUCUGACGUGUUCGGAAAUUUAUUGUUACUUCCAUUCACCAAAACCGGAAAAAACGAUUCUACAAAAUGUAACGGGGUACUUCGAAUCGAAGAAAGUCACGGUGAUAAUUGGUCCUUCCGGUGCGGGAAAGACCACUUUGAUGAAAAUCAUAUCUGGCAAACGACUGACCGACAUUAAGGGCACCAUCACCAUAAACGGCAUUGAACGGAAUAAAGGGACAUUUCGAAAACAAGUGUGCUACGUGCCGCAACAAUUGGACCUAUUACCGUUCCUCACAACCAAAGAAACUUUAUACAUAGCAGCUCGACUGAAACUCAACGUUAAUGAGAGCAAACAAACAAUUUGUUCAGUUGUAAACGAUGUGGCGGAAACUCUCGGCUUGUCAAAUUGUUUGGGCACAUUAGCGAACAAAUUAAGUGGUGGCGAACAGAAAAGACUCUCUAUUGCCAUAGAAAUAAUCGCUAAACCAUCUAUUCUCUUAUUAGACGAACCAACAAGCGGUCUCGACAGUGCUGCCUCUUAUCAGCUUGUUUACAUGCUGCAUGAUAUGUCGAGAGCAAAUUGCACUGUGAUUUGUGCAAUACAUCAACCCAGCAGUCAAAUAAUUUCGCUCUUCGAUGACAUUAUGGUACUGAGUCAAGGCAGAAGUAUGUACUGCGGUCCAAAGAGUGAAAUCUUAAACACGUACAGCAUUGCCGGGUUCACGUGUCCUAGCUUCUAUAACAUAGCCGAAUUUGUGCUUGAAGUAAUAACUGAACAAAGAGGUGGAGACUUGGAGAAUCUAUAUAAAAUUUGUCGUGAUGAAAGCGAAAAGAUUAGAUUACGAAAUGCACAUAAUAAAAAUGAAUUGACUUCAUCAAUUGAUUCCAAGCAAAAAUGUGAAACGAAUGAUCUAAUUGUAAGUACACCAACAAACAAUAUAAUACAAGAAAAGUCGAUAUGGCAACAGCAAAAAAUUUUGUUUGUACGAGCUCUAAUCUGCAUAAAACGAGAUACAAUCUUGACAAAAGUAAGACUUGCGUCGCAUAUCAUCGUCGCGCUGAUGUUAGGAACAGUAUUUUAUGAUUUCGGUGACGAUGCGGAAAAAGUGAACAGCAACAUCGCUUGUUUAUUUUUCUUUUUGUUAUUUUUAUUCUUCGUAAAUGCCGAACGGACAGUGCAAACGUUUCCGACGGAAGCGGCAGUAUUUUUAAAGGAACAUUUAAAUAAUUGGUAUUCUUUGGGAGCCUAUUAUAGCGUGAAAGUAAUAACGGAUCUUGUGAUGCAAAUACUUUGUUCAUCAGCCUUCAUAUUUAUAUCAUACUAUAUGACAGGACAGCCAAUGGAAUAUGAUAGAAUUCUAAAGACGUGGAUCAUUUGUCUGUUGAUUAUGAUGGUUGGACAAACAGUCGGGAUACUUGCAGGCUCAGCGUUUGGUACUGAGUUCGGUUUAUUUUUAAUAUCAUCAGUUAACAUACCAUUAUUACUUUUUGCCGGAUUUUUUACGAAAGUGGGGGAAAUGUCGCCGUAUCUGCAGCCUUUAAGUGUUAUAAGCUAUUUCAGAUAUGCAUUUGAAGGAAUAAUACAAGCGAUCUAUGUUGAUCGACCGAAUUUGACGUGCUUUGAAAUUUACUGUUACUUACGUUCACCAAGUAAGAUUCUUUCAAUGAUGGACAUGCCAACAGUACCAUUUUAUGCAAUUCCGAUAAUACUUAUCUCUUGGAUACUCUUUUUACACGCGGUCCACUAUACAGUACUCCAAUGGAAAGUUUAUUAUGCAAAGAAAUGACGAGUGAAGUUAAUAUUAAUCUUAAACUCUACAUAUAUUCAAAAAAUGUUCGCAAGAUAUACGCAUACCUCAAAUAAAAAUUUACCCACUGAACAAAUUCUGUCUGCAAUAGUAUGUAGGCAGAAACAUUCCUUUGACUUUAAUUAAACGAGGUUUAAAACUCUCACUUUCUUUCUUUAAACUUUAAAGUAAAAAGAGAAGCAAAGAUAUAAGUCUCAUUUAAAGUCAAAGUUGAUGCAAUCACGUAUAGAAAUACACAGGGAAUAGAUGGUAAAAGAAAAUAACACUUCAAAGAGAGAAAAGUAAAGAGAAUAGAUAUAAGAUGUAACAGAUUAAUAGGAAUACAUAAUAAUUAGAAGUUGAUAGAAAUAAAAGGGAAAAGAAUUAAAAUUUUUAAGGAAAGAAAAUUUAUAAUAAAAAGAGAUAAUGGUGAGACAAGCAGAGGUAUAUUUGUAAAUAGAUAAGAUAGGAAUAAUGAGAAAGUAUUGUAUGUACGUCGAAGUUGGUACGUUAGGGAUUAUAUUUCAAAAAUUGCGUAAAGAAUGAAUGUGUGAGGAUAAGAUCAAAAAAUAUGGAUUGAGUCUCCUCCUUGGCUUACAAUGUUGAAGA